AUGCCGCUCUGUCUCACUUUCAUCGACUUGAAGAAGGCCUUUGACUCAGUUGAGACGGAAGCGGUCGUGGAAGCCUUGGACAACCAAGGCGUUCCCACUCAGUACAUAAAGGUGCUUCGAGAGUUGUACAGUAACUUCACGACCGGAAUCUCGCCAUUCUACAAGAAUAUCAUCAUUGACGUGAAGAGGAGGGUUCGACAGGGUGAUACAAUCUCACCCAAAAUAUUCACAGCCACCCUCGAGAACGCAAUGCGAAAGUUGGAAUGGGACGACAUGGGAGUGAAGAUCGAUGCAUCGAAGGAACGAAUGCUGACCGAAUUCGCCGAAACAUGUGGAUGCAUCGGUCUUGAGCUGAAUCUUCAAAAGACGAUGUUCAUGCGGAACGGAUGGAUCUCGGAUGCCCCAUUCACGCUCAACGGAACGAACAUAUCCGAAUGCACCAGCUACGUCUAUCUGGGUCGGGAAUUGAACAUGAUGAACGACCUGGCCCCCGAGCUGGGCAGGAGGAGAAGAGCGGCUGGGGGAGCGUACAAGAGCAUCGAGGACGUAGUGAAGAAGACCAAGAACACCCGGCUCCGUGCUCACCUCUUCAACACCACCGUACUUCCUGCUUUGACCUAUGCCUCAGAAACCUGGGCACUUCGCAAGCAGGAAGAAAACGCGGUGAGCGUCAUUGAACGCGCAAUUGAGAGAGUGAUGCUAGGAGUAUCCCGUUUCAAGCAAGUGAGAGACGGGAUUCGAAGUUCUCUCCUACGUCAGCGAUCGAAGAUCAGAGACGCCGCCGCGUUUGCCAAGGAAAGUAAAAUAAGGUGGGCCGGACACGUGAUGCGCUUUAACGACAACCGUUGGACCAGAGCCGUGAGCGACUGGAUUCCCCGCGAUAUUAAGCGCAAUACAGGAAGACCGCCGACCCGAUGGUCAGAUUUCUUCACGAAGUCCUUCAAAGAAAAUUACGAUGCUCUUCGUGUCCCACGCGAAAGGAGGAACCACUGGGCUACUCUGGCACGCGACCGGGACAAAUGGAAGAAUUACUGGCGCCCGCUCGACCGGUUCGAAGACCAACGGGAGUCAAGUUGUUCGGAAAUGACGUGUUUCUGGCACGGACCUACUCAUGCCUCUUUGCGGCGGCACAUGAUGGUUACUCACAGUCGUAACUCAGCGAAUCAGUCGAAUGGUCGUGGUUUAGCUGAGCAAUGUGUUCGACGACCUACGAAACCGAAAGGGGUGAAAUGUAGUGAAUGCGGUCAGAUGGCUUACUCGCGGCCGUUGUUAUUACGACAUAUGACUCAGACUCAUGGAAUAGUUGCUCCUUUGAUAUACAAGACAUUUUCUGAUAGGGAAAACCUCCAAAACUGGCUCGAGCAGCUCCGAGAAACACAUGCCGUUGAAUUUGUCGUAUCGUCUGGUUCUAAAAAAUGGGGUCAAGGGCUUCAGGUACACUACCUCACAUGCUCGCGUAGCGGCGAGCAGAAAGAAAGACCAAACAAAAAAUUCCGUCGUCCAACACGUCCAUCAAUAAAAUGCGGAAAGAACUGUAUGGCCUACUUGAAGAUGAAACAGAAUCCAACCAUUUCUGAGUUGAAAAUUGAAGCGUGUUUGCAUCAUAGCGGUCACGAAAUAGAUGCAUCAAAGAUUCGUCUGGAGCAAAAUGAGUGGUGCCGUGUAAUCCAAGUGAUACGUGAGAUAGAUGAGGGUCUUUUGCAGAUCGACAUGGGACAUAUGUCACGCAUUCGAGAAAUUCUCGGAAGCAACGGUCGAUUCCGUUUGAUGACAGAUGAAGGGCUUUGUCAGCAACUACCAAAAUGGAUUGAACAGUAUAUGGCACAAGAAGAGUUGGAGCGCUCUACAUCUAAUGUGGAACAAGAUGAUGAUGAAAAAGAUGACCCUCUUGUUAGUGGCUACGAAACAAACUUGUCCUUGUUCCAAGACGAUUUUUCAAGCUACGAACUAGAGUGUCUUCCAUACGACUUCAUGUGUGAUCUCGAGUCAACCAAUAAAGUAGCUGUAAAUGGUUGA